CCAUCUUGGCCGAAAUCAUCAUGUACUGAUGUAGAGACUAACGGGUGUUGUGAACAAUGACGCAAAGAGUUUCGAAAUGAAUAACAUUAAACUGGAUUUGGAGUUUCUGGAUUUAUCUGAUGUACCUGAAAAUGAAGUAGAAGAAAUUAAUUUUCUUCUUCAUCCUCCUGGUGGUGUAAAAUACAUUGAGCUUCCAUGGGAUGCACCUGCAAAUUUCUUGCCUUUAGUAGAUAAUCGGACUACAAAUAACAUCAUAAGUGAACAGACUCAAAAUGCAAUAGAAAACUCUAAUCAUUCUCCAAGACUGAACCCAUGUGAGGCUCCUAGAUUUCAUCAUCAAACUGGUUCUCCAGCUAAUCAUCCAGUGGUACCUCCACCCUUUAUAUCUCCAAGUGGGCCUACAAGUGUUCCUCAUCUGGUUGCCUCCCAAGCUUUCCCUUUCAUACCUUGUUCUUAUACAUUGCUUCCUUCUCACUUUCAACAGUUAAACUCGCCAGUGUUUACAAGCAGUUUUGAUCAGCAAGAAGUUUCUCUUGUUCAACGUACCACUCUACCCCCUGCUUUUCCCACUCAUACUACCAGCAGGGAUUGCAACUCUGCUCAGCCAGCUAAACCCAACAAAACUUUAAACCCACCAAUAAAUGAGCACAUUGCUGGUGAAAAGCAGAGUAACCAGCAUAAGGAAUCGGUUGACUAUUAUAGCUCAGUUAACAAGUCAAAAGAACAGCAGUCAAAUCCCCAAGGAUCUGUUUUUGAAGAUUCUCUGCCUACAGGAUGCUCAAGUUUGGUUCCAGUGCCUUUUACUGUAUCUGCUUCCAGUUUUCCUAGCUCCACAGACACCAUUUGUAUGACAGAGACUGCAUCCGGUUAUCCACCUGGUAUGAGCCCUGUUCAUUAUCAGCACCAAAGGCCUUCCCCACCAAUAUUAUAUCCAGUUCCAUUUAUACCACCUGCAUAUCCUAGAUUUAUCCAUACUCAGUCAUCUCAAGUUGUUAGUGGUUAUUUCAACCGAGGAAAAGGAGAGACCAACAGUAAUGAUAGUGGUGCAAGAAUCACUUCAGUCGUCCCAUGCAUUGAUGGUGGAAUUCAAGAGUUACACGUUACUCCCACCUGUAGUUCCAGUAAUACAAGAAGUGUGGAGAUUGAUUUGUUUAAUCAGCAGGACCAACUAAGCAAGGAUUCUAAUAUGUUUAAAUCCCACAUUAAUACCCUUCAUAUUGUGCAACCAGAAAACCAGAACAGUCAAAACAUACCUACAAUAAAAACGUUUACAAGGAAAGAAAGCAAUUGUAAUAAUUGUGUAAAAACUGAUCAAGGGCUAUUAUCCUGUAAUGGACAUGAGUUUGAUAAAUUGUUACCAGCUGAUGAAACUGUUAAUUCAAGUGCUAUAAAAGAUAGUGAUAGAUGCACAGUUGUGUUAGAACAAACUCUGGCAAAUAAUGUGUCUUUAGCUGAUUCAGAAAACUCACCAUUUCUUACAGGGAAAAAACCUGAUGUUAGUUUUACAACAUCAGACUUUUUAGUUACAGAUACACACCCUAAAACUUCAGUUGGCAUAGAAAAUGAACUCGGAGAAUUAUAUGAUGCUAUAUCUGCUGCCCCAUCAGGUGUAACUAAAGUGACAUCUGAUAAUGUGUGGCAAAGACGGUCAGGUGCAGAUUUAUUUAAGAACCAGAGUGUUUGUCCUGCUACUGUACUGGAAAUUGAAAAAGAAAGACUUCCUUCUGUUUCUCCCAAGACAACACCAAUAAAACAUGAAAAAAAAGAUCCAGAAACUAUGGAGAAUUCUAAAAUUGUGAACGCUGAAGAUGAUGUUUUAGCCUACAAGUUAGCUAAGAUUUUUGAAAGUACACAUCUAAACCAUAGCAUUGCAUUUCUACAGCCUCGUGGACUUACUAAUCGAAGUAAUUGGUGCUAUGUUAAUGCUACAUUGCAAGCCUUAUUGGUAUGUCCUCCUUUGUAUAAUCUUCUAAAACAGUUAACUAGCGUAUCAGGACAGAACCGUGAGAAGUCAUCAACCCCAAUCUUGGAUAGCCUAAUGGAGUUCGUACAAGAAUUUCCAAUCAUCCCUCAAGGUAACAGGAAUAAAAGAAAAGAAGAUCUUGUUAUUGGACUUUCUUUUGAGCCAGUAAACAUAUAUAAAAUGUUGAAUGUGAUAAGAUCAGAAUGUGUGAAGGGUCAUCAGGAAGAUGCUGAGGAGUUUUUAAGUUGUAUUUUAAAUGGUUUGCAUGAGGAAAUGCUAGCAGUUCUACAAAUUAUAAGAAAAGAUGAAGUGAAAAACACUGGUAAUGAAGAAAUGCCAACUAAUGGCCAUUUGGAAGAAGAUAAAGAUGAAGGAUGGCAGGUGAUGGGACCAAAAAAAAAAAGUAUUUUGACCAGAUCUGCAAAAUUUUCUCGGUCCCCAAUUUCUGACAUUUUUGGUGGCCAGAUACGAUCAGUUCUGACAACAGGAAAUGAAUCUUCUGCUUUUCUACAACCAUUUUUUACGCUACAACUUGAUAUUCAGUCAGAAAGGGUUGUUUCAGUGCUAUCUGCUUUAAAUCAUCUUACAAGCAAGGAGCUUGUUCAAGGUUACACAUCUGCUAAAACUAAGCAAGAGGUUGAAGCAUCACGGAGGAUCACCAUAGAAGAAUUACCCUUGGUUUUAGUUCUUCAUUUUAAAAGGUUUGUGUACGAUAAGAAUGGAGGGUCCAAGAAAGUAGUCAAGUGUACAGAAUACUCGGUUACCUUAGAACUUUCAAGAGAUUUGCUCUCUCAAGAAGUAAGAAGCAAGUACAGUCAAAAAUCUCUUCGUUCUUACAAGCUAUUUGCAGUGGUAUACCAUGAAGGAAAGGAAGCUGUUAAAGGUCACUAUAUAACAGAUGUGUAUCAUGCUGGUUCUGGAGGUUGGUUGCGCUGUGAUGACUUUACCAUAACUCCUAUAACUGAAAAACAACUUCUCCGUUACAAUCCACCUCGGGUUCCUUAUCUCCUGUUUUACCGUCGUUUGGAUACUGUGCAACCUGGAAUCACUACAAAAUGAACUUUUGACAGAAGUAAAAUCUUUCUUUUUUUAGCCUGAUUUAUUCACUGCAAAGAUGAGAAUUAAUCUUAUCUGCACAUCUUUUUCUUGGGGGGGGGGGGUGUAUUCAUCUCAUCAAAUGCAUAAUCAGUUGCAAAUUUAUUGCCGCAUAUGUUCAGGAUAGAAGCACUAACCAAAUUUUGAUAUUGAGAUUGUAACAUACUUGUAUAAACUAAUAGUUUGUUUUGUUUGUAGAUAUAAGUUCUUUAGAACCAAGAAUAUGUUUAUUAACAAAUGCCAACACAGAAUAAAGAAACCUGUGUAUGUGAUCCAAAGAUGAUACAUCUCAAGUUAUAGCUGAAUGGUGGUUGAAGUGGAUAAACAAUCAUUUGUACAUUUGUGUAUAAUUAUACAUUUAAUAAGGUAUGUGAUUAAGGAUUAGGGCUAAAUGUAUAUGAUUUUUAAAUUUUAUAAGAAAUUCAAAAACCUUAUGUUCCUAUUCAUUUGAAUACAUAUUAACUCUCAAUUUAGGAUGCAAAUCAUAUAAUGCAGGUGGUUUUACAGGACUUAGCACAAUUUGUUUUAAAAUUUCAUUAAUACAUAUAUACACACACACACCUGGAUUUAAAGUUACAUGAAUGUACAUCCUGUCACAGCACUUGGUUCUAAAAAAAUGUUUUGUUUAUUUGAAAACAUGGAAAUACAGUUCUACUUCAAAUAUAACCUUGAUCAAACUAACAAUUGUUUCUGACUGUGAUGAUUGUUCUUUAUAGUUAAUAAAUUGUUCAAGCUCACCAUUACAGAUACGUAUUAUAACAAGCCACAAUCAUUUAUUAUUUGAGGCAUACUGGAAAUAAAUUAUAGUAAAAUAAAAUUGAGCUAAUUUCCCUUCAUUGAAUGAUGUGACAACUUACUAAAAUCAUUUAGCUUAAAAACGUAAGUUUAAAUAUACUAAGUAACAGCAAGUAUUACAUAACUGCAUAAUAAAUUUUAUAGUUUUUGCAAUUAUUGCACUGACUAUCAUGAUUCAAAAAAAAAUUUGCUUGGUAUGUUUUCAUUCAUUAAUUUUUUCUUUUUAGAAAAAUAUUUAUGGAACUGUAAAUUAUUAUAUGACCAUUUAAUGUACUGUAUAAAUUGUAUGUUAGCAUUGUAUAAAUGUGUAUAGGAAAUUGAGAGAAUUCAGAUACUUAUAACUUUCAUGUUCUUAGUGAUUUAAACAAACCCUUUAAUGUGCCAUUACUACUAUACAAGUUUGCCAAAUUUUUGUAUUAUAUAGGUAUUACAGUUUCAUUAUUUUUUUUAUUAUUAUUUUUUUUUGCAAAAAUGCUUGAAAUGUACACCACUGAGAAAAAAAAAAAUGUAAAUAAAGACAUACUUUCAGAGUUUUAUUUUCUAUGGCCAAAAGUA